ACACACAACAUCAACAACAUGGAGCACAGUUCUCUCUCACUGACACCGAGUCUGUGUUAACAGAAUCACGGCUGAGUUUGGUCCGGAUCCGCCAAUGAUGGACGCGCCCGAUGCGGUGUUCUGGGAUCGGCCCGCUCCGGUUGGUCAUCUCCUGUUGGAUCAGCUGCCCAGUUACCAGUCUCUGCUGUACCGCAGGAAGUCCAGCGUGAAGAGGCGGGGCAGUGGGCGGAGCCGGCAGCUGUCCGUCAGCAGUGGGAAGUGGGCGGAGCAGACUCACAGUGGGGAGGAGCUUAGACCCGUGCGGGAGCUUCCCAAGAGCAUGCAGGACAAGCGGCGGGAGAAGCAGCAGAGGCUCCAGCAGGGCGGCGCUCUCACAGGCUGGGGUUUGUGGAGGCUGAAUGUCCAUCGCUCUCUGAAGCGCCUGAAGGAGGACGGGGUGGACCUGCUCUCAGCUCUGGAGCUCUGGAGGACCGAUAUUCAUCUCAUCGAGGGCAUGUUUGGAACAGGAAUCCUGUCGUAUUUUUCUUUCCUGCGGUUUCUGGUCCUUCUGAACUUCAUCAUGUUCCUGCUGAUGUUUGUGUUUGUGAUGCUGCCGGUGAUUCUCACAUCACACACUUCACACAACAUCACCUACAGCAGCACCAACGUGAGCGAGUGCAGUGGGUAUCCGGCCAGCUCUCGUCAGGGUCUGGUUGCGUUUCAUGAGCACAUCACAGACCUGCUGUCUGGAACGGGCUUUCUGGAGCGCACUUACCUCUUCUACGGCUACUAUAAUCUGGAGUUUAUUCACUCUCGCUUCACCUACAACCUGCCGCUGGCGUACCUGCUGACCACCAUCUCCUACCUGCUGCUGAGCCUCGUCUGGAUCGUCAAGAGGUCUGCGGCCGGUUUCAAACGCAAGCUCAUUCAGGACGAGGAUCGCUUCCAGAGUUUCUGCAACAAGAUCUUCGCGGGCUGGGACUUCUGCAUCACCAACGAAAACGCGGCGCGGCUGAAGCGGAGCAGCUUACUGUACGAGAUGAAGACGGAUCUGGAGGAGGAGCGAAUCAAGCGCCGGAUGGCCAAUCGCACGCGGGGUGAGAAGUGCCGCAUUUACGCGCUCAGAGCCGUGCUCAACCUCUUCGUCAUGGCCGUGCUAGUCACCUGCUUCUACUGCAUCUACGUGGCCACGGUGUUCUCGCAGCGCAAGCAAGUGAAGGAGGAGAAGAGUGCGUUCCUGCAGGAGCUGGUGGUGGAGUACCUGCCCUCCAUCGUCAUCACGCUGGCCAACUUCAUCACGCCGCUGAUCUUCAGCCUCAUCAUCACCUUCGAGGACUAUUCGCCCGCCUUCGAGAUCCGCUUCACGCUGAUGAGGUGUGUGUUCAUGCGUUUGGCCAGCAUCGGCGUGCUGCUCUUCUCUCUGUGGGUCCAGAUCACGUCCUGUGAAAGUUCAAACUGUCCCUGCGGCUACAACCAUCAGACCUACCCUUGCUGGGAGACUCAUGUCGGGCAGGAGAUGUACAAGCUCGUGAUCUUCGACUUCCUGAUCAUCGCCGCCGUCACCAUCUUCGUGGAGUUUCCCAGGAAGAUCAUCGUGAACCACUGUGACCACGGUUUGGUGAGGUGGUGGGGUCAGCAGGAGUUUGCCGUCCCUCAGAACGUGCUGGAGAUCGUCUACGGUCAAACCAUCUGCUGGAUCGGCACCUUCUACUGCCCCCUGCUGCCCGCCAUCAACACCGUCAAAUACGUCCUCGUCUUCUACCUCAAGAAGGUGUCUCUGGUGACCAACUGUCGUCCCGCUACUCGCCCGUUCCGAGCGUCCAGUUCCCACUUCUUCUUCCUGGUGGUGUUGCUGAUCGGCUUGGCUCUGGCAUCAGUUCCCGUCACCGUCAGUAUUGCAGAGAUCCAGGCGUCGCGAGCGUGUGGCCCGUUCAUCAACUACAGCACCUCAUGGCAGGUGGUGCCGCGGGGGAUUACCCAGCUGCCCCUGGGCCUGCGCUCGUUCCUGCUAGCGCUCGCCUCCGAGGCCUUCGCCGUGUCCUUCUUCGUCAUCACCUGUCUGGGGAUGUUCUAUGUGAUCGCUCUGGCUGGAGCUCAUAAGCGUGUGAUUGAACAGCUCCGAGAUCAGCUGGCCAUGGAAGGCCGGGACAAGCGUUUCCUCAUCCAGAAGUUGUAUCAGGCCCAGCAGGCCACAUUCAGGCGUUCUGCAGACGCCAAGGGUUUGAGCAGGAACCGAUACGAUGCUGGACUGUGUUUAGUGGAGCCGUCAGUGGUGCUGGAGACUCAGGCCUGACCCAGCGACCCGUCAACCCAGCUACCCAAUGACCCAGCUACCCAUUGACCCAGCGAACCAUC